AUGGCAUCUUCAUCAUCAACUUUGUCUUCUAGGACAUGGAAAUAUGAUGUGAUCCUUAGCUUUAGAGGUGAAGAUACUCGCAAGAACUUUGUAGAUCAUCUUUAUUCUGCUCUUGAACAACACGGAAGAAUACACACUUACAAGGAUGAUGUAACACUUCCAAGGGGUGAUUCCAUUGGUCCAUCCCUCAUGAACGCCAUUCAAGAAUCACAGAUCGCGGUCGUCAUAUUCUCUGAGAAUUAUGCCGAUUCGUCCUGGUGUUUGGAAGAACUUGAACAUAUUAUGAAAUGUAGACAGGAGAGAGGGCAAAUUGUUUUACCUGUAUUCUAUAAUGUGGAUCCCUCUGAUGUUAGAAAACAACAAAGGAAGUAUGAACAAGCAUUUUCCAAACAUAAAUUCUUGGAAAGAAACUACCAAAAAAUUGAAUUAUGGAGAAAAGCACUUUGGGAUGCAAGUAACAUUGCUGGAUGGGAAACCAAGCACAUUGCCAAUGGGCAUGAAGCACUUGGCAUUAAAAUAAUUGUUGGGACCAUUCUGGAUAGAUUGUUAUCCGUAAAUUCAGAUAUUGAUGAAGACCUUGUUGGAAUGGGUUCUCGCUUCCAAUAUAUGGAAUCACAACUUCUAUUAGAAUCAGGUGGUGUGCGCAUGGUUGGGAUAUGGGGAAUCGGGGGUGGUGGCAAGACCACUCUUGCCUUUUCUGUUUAUAUGAAAAUUCGUGAACGUUUUCAAGGGCAUUGCUUUGUUGGAAAUAUUUGGAAGGGGUUGACUAAACAUGGUAUAGAACAACUGCAAGAAAAAAUUCUGUCAGAAGUCUUGAAUUAUAACGUGUCGGUACCGAGUGAUCAAGAGGGAAGAUUCAUGAUUAAACGUAUGCUAUGUCAUCGCAAGGUGUUAAUUGUUCUUGAUGAUGUCGAUGACCAUGAGCAACUGGAGGCGUUAGCUGGAUCAUGUGAUUGGUUUGGUGAUGGAAGCAGAAUAAUUAUCACGACUAGGGAUAAACAAGUGCUAAUAUCUCACAAGGUCGAGGUCUGUCAUGUUAGUUUAUUAUCAUUUGAUGAGGCUAUUCGACUCUUUAGAAUACAUGCAUAUCAUGAAGAUAAACCUUUGGAAGGUUAUGAUGAGCUUUCUUCACUUGUGAUCAAGUAUGUUGAUGGGCUCCCAUUGGCACUUAAAGUUUUAGGGUCUUUUCUGUGUGGCAAAGACAAGAAUGAGUGGCUCAGUGCCUUGGAUAAGUUAGCACACAUCCCACCUCGAAAGGUCAUGGAUCAACUCAAAAUAAGCUAUGAUGGACUAGAUAAUGACGAGAAAGACUUAUUCUUAGAUAUUGCGUGUUUUCACAGGGGAAUAAAGAAAGAUGAGGCAACAAGGAGGCUCGAUGCGUGCGGUUUUAACCCUGGUAUAGGCAUAACUGUGUUGGUACAAAAGGCUCUCUUAACUUUAUCUUCGGAUGAUUAUAUUGAUAUGCACGAUCUCCUUCAAGAAAUGGGAGUUCACAUUGUUAGAGGGGAACAUCCCAACAAUCCUGAAAAACAUAGCAGAGUUUGGAAAAAGAACGAGAUUGCAAGCAUGUUUUCCCAGAAUGCAACAAUGGAGAAUGAUAAGAUUGAAGCCAUACAAUACACUUGUCAUACUUGUGAUUGUUCACCAAACUUCAUUAAGCUUGUUUCAAACAUGAAAACACUACGAUUCCUUGAUGUGACUAUUUCAGAUAAGGAAGAGGCUGAAAGCAGUAGCGAUGAAGGGUCAGGAAGUAGCUACAAUGAAGGGCCUACUUGUCUUUCAAAUGACCUGAAGUAUGUUAAAUGGUCUGGUUACUGUGCAAGUCCGUUCCCUGAAAGUUUUAAAGCAACGAAGCUUGUUGUUUUAAAGUUGCAUCACACCUUGCAAAAGGAACUUUGGAAAGGUUGCAAGCAUCUGCCAUGUUUGAAAGAGCUUGAAGUCGAUCAUGCGAGACAUCUGGUAAGAACGUUUGAAUUUGGUGGACUUCCGUGUCUUCAAAAGUUGACACUCCGUAGAUGUGAUAGUUUAAAAGAUAUUGGUCCAUUACUUGGGAAUUAUUCAAGACUUGCUUCCAUAGUUGUAAGUAUUUGUAACAAGGUUACAAAAUUUCCGACCAUUGUUUGGCUGGAAAAACUGGAGAGACUUACAAUUUCAGAUUGUUAUUUACUAUCUGAGUUCCCAGGAAUUGAAGGAAACUUGGAUAGCUUGGUAAACUUGAGUUUAAAAAAUGUUGGGAUAGAGGUUUUCCCUUCAUCGGUCGGAAGUUGUUGUGCCAACCUUAUUUCGCUGCAGUUGAAAAAUUGUUCAAAGUUAAGAGGCAUAGAAGGAAACUUUUGGGCCUUAAAACAUCUUCAGAAUUUUGAAUUAUCUGGUUUCACAAAACUUGAGUGGCUUCCAAAUGAUCUAUUCGAUGAAAACUGUUGUCUAGACGAGCUUUGUUUUGACUUAACGUAUUCGGCGGGGUUUAUCGGUUUACCACCUAGUGCUCCUCACUUGCCACGUUUGUUAAGAAAGUUGAAUCUCAGUGGACUCAGACUGAACAAUAGAGAAAUACCGUGUGAGAUUAGUGAGCUAUCCAAUUUACAAGAGCUACAUCUAUGCGAUAAUCAUUUCUCACGAUUAGAUUUCAGCCUCAUCCAAUUCACUCGGCUCAAGCUUCUCAAUCUAAGUCAUUGCAACAAUCUUGUCGAAUUGCCUCAGCUCCCAUCAAAUCUAUCUAUUCUCCAAGCAAUCAAUUGUGACUCACUUGAAACCAUUAGAGAUGAUGUUCAUAGAAACUGUAAAUGGUUAUGUCAAGUCUCGGUUAUUAAACAAGUCUCAAUCACUAAAUCAGAUGGUCUUUGCAGCUUUGUUGGUGGUGAUAGAUUAUUAGAAACCAUGCUCCAGGGAAACGCUCAAUGUAUGAGCAUGGAGCUAAAAGGGUUAGAGAUUCCCAAAAAGUUUAAACCUCGUCUUGUUAAACGACGGAGGAGAUGUAGAUUGAAACUUCCUGAGAAUUGGUUCAAUGAAUUCUCUGGAUUUUUAUUCUGUUGUGUUUUGAAGAAGAGCACUAUGCUUAAUCAUGUAGUAGUAACCAUGACGAAAGAGGAGAAGCAACAACUGCAGAUGGGAAUGGGGGGUUCUGAAGAUGAUAGUGUUGAUUGGGAAUCUAAAGAUGAGAGUGUUGAUUCGGAUUCUGAAGAUGAGCAAGUGUUUUGGGAAGAGGAGAAUGUUGAUUUACAUACUUGGAUGGGUUAUGUUUCAUUUGGGUCAAUGAGAUGCACAACUUGGUGGGAUACAACAUCCACUGUUGUUGACGUUUCGAUUGACCCUUAUCUUUCUGAAAAUUCACUUAUUAGAGGGUUUGGGGCUAGACUUGUUUCCAAAAGGAAUCAAAUGGAGGGAAAUACUACAACUAAUAAUUCCUCAGAUGAUGAUGAUUAUAAAUGUAAAUUUAAAAUCUUCCAUGAUUCAAGGUCACGUUUUAAGUGUCUAUUUAAAUCACUUAUUCAGACACAAAAGUGGGCAGAUAAUCGGUUAUCUGAUAUAUUGUAG